GCGGUCCUGAAGCCAGCAGCAAAGCCUGCCCCACAGCCACUGUCCCAGCAGCCUCCUUGCAGCUCCCUAACAGUCCAGACCUGCAGGACCUCCAGGACAGAGGUGCUCCAAAGGGAAAUUCAGGCCCAGAAUCUUUCCCUCCAAACUCCCAAGUUGCUGUGCCUUCUGCCUGGGGGACAUAAGACUGCUUUCGAGGUGUCCUUUCUCUUCCAACCCCCUCUUCUUCCCAAAAAGCCUUUAUUAGUCCUCAUGUCAGUCAAACCCAGCUUGCGGCCUGGCCCAUUGCAGGGCCCCACUGUGGUGCCUGACAGUGACUUUAGAGAGAUCCACAACUGGACAGAACUGCUCGACUUCUUCAACCACACCUUUUCUGAGUGCCAUGUAGAGCUCAGUGAGAACACCAAGCGAGUGAUCCUCUUCGUCCUCUAUCUGGCCAUCUUUGUGCUUGGGCUGGUGGAAAACCUCCUGGUAAUCUGUGUCAACUGGCGCCACUCAGGCCGCAUGGGACUGCUGAACCUCUAUGUCCUCAACAUGGCCAUAGCGGACCUGGGCAUCAUCCUGUCUCUGCCUGUGUGGAUGCUGGAGGUCAUGCUAGACUACACCUGGCUCUGGGGCAGCUUCUCCUGCCGCUUCACUCAUUACUUCUACUUUGCCAACAUGUACAGCAGCAUCUUCUUCCUGGUGUGCCUCAGUGUCGACCGCUAUGUCACACUCACCAACACGUCUCCUUACUGGCAGCACAACCAGCACCGAGUGCGCCGGGCUGUGUGUGCAGGUGUCUGGGUCCUCUCAGCCAUCAUCCCAUUACCUGAGGUGAUCCACAUCCAGCUGGUGGAUGAUAUAGAGCCCAUGUGCCUUUUCAUGGCACCUUUUGAAACGUACAGCACAUGGGCCCUGGUGGUGACCCUAUCCACUACUGUACUGGGCUUCCUACUGCCCUUCCCUCUCAUCGUGGUCUUCAACAUGUUAACAGCUCGCCGGCUUCAGAAGCAAGGACAGCCUGAGGGCUGGCGCCACUGCUGGCUGGUGUGUGCCUAUAUAGCUGUCUUUGUCAUCUGCUGGGUGCCCUAUCAUGUGAUUCUGCUGCUGCUCAGUCUGCACGGGACCCAUAUCUCCCUCCACUGCUACCUGGCCCACCUGCUCUACUUCUUCUAUGACAUCAUCGACUGCUUCUCCAUGCUGCACUGUGUUGCCAACCCCAUCCUUUACAACUUUCUCAGCCCAAGUUUCCGUGGCCGGCUGCUAAGCGCUGUGGUCCAUUACCUUCCAAAGGACCAGGCCAGGGCAGGUGCCCGGGCUUCUUCUUCGUCCUCUUCCACCCAGCACUCCAUCAUCAUUACCAAGGAGGGCAGUAUGCCCAUUGCAGCAGCCCAUCCCCACCCAAGCCUGAACUUCCAGCACCCUCUCUGCCUCGAAAUACCUCAUCUCCACUCUGCAAUUUCAUAGCCAGGUGAGGUAGAUUCUAGGCUCCUCCAUUGGUAAAAUAAAAGGCCGGAGGGGAAGGUAAGAGAUUGAGGGCGGGGGUGGAGAAGUGGGGGAGAAGGUCAGAACACUCAGGGCCAAUUUUGAGUAUGUUUUAAAAUGCUGAGGUGGGGAGAGACAGAGGGGGUGAGGAGGGAUAAAGAGCAGGUCCUUCCUUGGUGUUGCACUAUUUGUUUCGGUCCUUGUGUCUAAGGGAGCCACACGUGCACACACACACAAAAAAUGAAAUAAAUAAGAGAGACAGCCAUGGAUCUGGAUCUCUGAGUACUCUGCAUUACAGCUAGGUUUGGAAAGGGAGCUGAGGCUACAGGGAUGCUCUGCAAAGAAAACUAGACAUACUCAUAUCAUAAAUUACCCUGGCCGGAAAAAACCAGUUCCACAGGAACCUCACAAAACUUUCCUUUUUGUGUGUGCUUGUUGAUCUUCCAGCUUACUGUGCAGGUUGUGGGGACAAGAGGCCAGAGGCCAAGGAACCAGGAGGCCUCAGCAGGACAUUCCCCAGCUGUGCAUCCUCAGUGCCGUGAUAAGCGGAGGGGGGUGGGGAAGCGGGGAUUAGGUGAAGCUGGUCUGAGACAGACACCCCGCAGCUGGGUCAGCAGGAUGGUUUCUCCACCCUUGACCAGUCAGGAAACACAGCUCCAUUUCCUUGCUGAUAUCCUCCCCGCCUCCUUGUCCAUCCUGCCUCUCCUCCCCCAGAGCAGAUGCUCCUCACAGCAAACUUCCCAGCUUUGGGUCUAGAACACCAUCUUCUAGGGCAGUGACGGCUAAUCUUUUAGAGCUUUCAAUAAUAAACAGCCGGCUGCAGCAGGCGUGUGUGUGUGUGUGUGUGGCACCAGUAAGUUCGCCAUCACUGCUCUAGGGAGGCACAGAGCUCCCCACCUCUCUCUUGCUCUCCAGAUCACAGGAGAAUAUCAGGGGACAUCCAUUCCAGGAACAGGCCUUGGAAACACCAGCAGCAGGUGCUGGCAGUUGUUGCAUCCUUUGGCCUUUGUCCCUCGCUCCAGGCUGAGGAAGGCCAAAGUGGAAAUUUCCCUGCUUUGUCACAGGGCAGGGCUCUGGCACUAGUCACUUCUUCCCGGUCAUGUCUUUUCAUUAUUUUCCUGUCCAGCAGUUUACAUUUAUUUAUACUUGUUCUAUAGAUAAAGAUGUUCCUCUUAUUAAUAAGUUGGUCUUCUGGAAGACUCAUUUAUCAGUUUAGGAAGUAAGACUAUAAACAUGAAAAACUCUUCUGUAAAAGCCUAAGAACAGGUCCAAGUUUCUGCCUUUCACUUGUUUGUGGAGAGUGAAAACUUGCAGGUGAAAUCACUUAUCUCUUCACUAUCUCCUCAGUCAAGAGCACAGUGUGCUGGAAUGUUUAACUUAGAAUAACAACUCAUUUCCCAGAGAGCAUCUCUUCUGCUCUUAUCUCAGCCUGUGCUCUCUGGGAACCUUUAAACACAUGCCCCAGUGGUGUACACAUCCAGAUUUGUCAGCAGUGCAGAGGGAAACCAUAUCUGCCAUCCACUGCUCACCGCCCAAACCUGAAAGGGUUUUAAACUACAACAGCUGCUUGGUGGCACAGAGCUGAAGCCUUUCUGAUUUAGGAGCCUGAGUUGUGACUUGGGGGUACAGCAGGGUUUAACCUAACAAUGCAGAAAUCACAUUAAAAUUGUUCCCACUUAAAAAGCAA